AUGGUGUAUGAAAUGAGUGUUCCUGAUCAGUACGGGUUUGUGAUUUUGGCCUGCGGUGUGUUGCCUUUGUUUACGAAUGUGUACAUGAGUGGUUCUGUGAUGAAAGCUCGUGACUCGUUUGAUGUGAAGUACCCCAACCUGUACGGAGUUCCCGGUGUGCACAAGUACGCAGAUGACUUCAAUCGAGUGCAGAGAGGCCACCAGAAUUACUUUGAGCACUUGACCCACUUCACCGUGAUUUCUCUGAUUGGAGGACUCAAGCACCCGUUGACUUGUGCUGCUUCAGGGGUCUUGUUUUGCCUUGGCAGUGUUUUGUACCAAAAGGGAUAUUCAGACACAAGUCUCAAGGUGGAGACUGCCAGGUACGAAAAAGGAGGAGUCGUCAAAUGGAUUGGGUAUUUUGCUGCCCUGGGAUCUUGUGUCUCCAUGGCUGGAUCCAUUCAACAAUGGUGGUAG